CUUUCUUCCCCAAUCAUCACCGAAAGGAAGCAUUAAAGCUUGGAGAUAAAGCGCGCGAUUUCGCAACCCUCGGAGCCUUUGUUCCUACAAACUGUUUUGCUUUCUUGUCACGAGCAACUGUUCUACCUCCUCUGUCGGGCCACAAAUAAGAGCACUGCUUCUCUUCCUUCGUCCGCGCACCGGGCUCGAUUCUACAAACUCCACGAGCACGUCGUAGGACAACCCACGCUUUACACGCCCCAGCGCAAGGUUGUUAGGCUCCGCGAGGAUCGAAAUACCAACUACCCAACGAGCUCGUAACUCAAUCGACAGAGAUGGCCUUCCUGAACAACACCGCGGCGACAGCAGCCAGCUCCACGACCGGCGACACCAAGAACGACGUCGAGGUCAGUGUCCUCCCCAAGGACAGCAUCUCCGACCUUGCGUGGUCGCCCACACACGACUUCCUCGCCGUCUCGUCCUGGGACAAGAGCGUCUACAUUUACGAGGUGGCGGGCAAUGGCGUGAAUCCCAAAUGGACGUUUGCGUGCGACCAAGAAGCACUCUGCGUAGCAUGGUCAAGGGAUGGAACUCGCAUCGCAGCCGGCGACUGCUCUGGUCAGUUCUACGUGCUCGACCUACGCAACGUCUCGAACGACUCCACCCAGAAAGCAACGCCGCUCAAGGCCCACGAUGCGGCUGUCAAGUGCGUGAAAUGGACUGAGAUCGGUGGAACCCACUAUCUCAUCACGGGUUCCUGGGAUAAGACCGUCAAGUUCUGGGAUCUCAACGGCACGACCGCGACCGCGACCGUCCAGUGCCAAGAACGCGUCUACACGAUGGAUACAAAGGACAAACUACUGGUCAUCGGAACCGCAGAGAGGCACAUCCACAUGGUGGACCUGAACAACCCGCAGACUAUCGCAAAGAACAUGACUAGUCCCCUCAAGUGGCAAACUAGGGUCGUGAGCUGCUUCACAGACGCAUCUGGGUUCGCGGUGGGCUCCAUUGAGGGUCGUUGCGCGAUCCAGUACGUGAAGGAUGAUCAGGCAAGUCUCAACUUCUCCUUCAAGUGUCACCGACAGCAGGAUCCCCAACAGCGUGACAUCGCAAAGGUGUACUCUGUCAACGCCAUCUCCUUCCACCCACAACACGGUACCUUCUCCACCGCAGGCUCCGACGGUACGUUCCACUUCUGGGACAAGGACGCAAAGCAUCGUCUCAAGGGAUAUCCCGAGACCGGCGGAUCCAUCACCGCCACCGGCUUCUCCAAGGACGGCAACAUCUUCGCUUACGCAGUCUCGUAUGACUGGUCCAAGGGAUACUCAGGAAACACGACGAGCUAUCCCAUCAAGCUCAAGUUGCACCCCAUCACUGGAGAUGAGUGCAAGCCUCGACCAGGUACCAAGAAGAGGUAGAUAUCUGGAAUGAGCUCACUAGCAUGGAAAGUCCUCAACGACGUCCGACUCAAAAUUAUUAGCUUAAGGAAUCGAUCAUGGUGGAAUGGGCAAACAAUCACUUGGUCUGGAUAAAAGGGGGGGAAUGGAUGAUGCCCUAACAUGCUAUUUGUUUCACUUUUAAUUUUCUCUCUCAUGUUUUAUUUCUCAAGAAAGUUUUUUUGUGUUUUGAUCAGCGGAUGAAAGGCGUUUUAUUUUGUUCCCCCGGCCGGAACAAUAGCAUGGCUUUGGAGUCCGAAUGAUUACCUAGGUACUUACCCCCCAACCAAUCGACCAAGAAGUGCAGGAAGGAAAAUAGGAAAUGAUAUAUCUUCUAAC